UAGUAUCGACUCACGGCCAGUAGCCCUCCCGGUUCGAUCUGGGCCAGACCGGUCUCGUAGCAUAAGCCGUGUGAAGAUGCACCUGCAGGCCCUGUACAGAGCGUACAGCGUCAAGCAGCGCCGGCCGUACCUCAAGUGUUUUGUCAUCACGUCCCUUCUCUACGACAUAUACUGUCUCAUCAUCCCUUUCGAGCAGGAGCUUCUCAACCGGGGAGUGACUACGUUUUUCUUGGCGGCUAACCUGUGCCUCCUGUUCGUGUCGCUGCGGGCCAGGAGAAGGUUCGUAUGGACGACCAUACCGCACAUAGCCUGGCAGGCGGCUAACUUCCAGAUCUUGGCCAGGAUGUUCCUGCUAGAAGACCUCACUCCGAGGGACGACCUAGGUUGGAUCCUUGUACUUGAGUACCUCAUAUAUGUCACCUUGCCCCUCAGCAUUAAAUACUGCCUCGUCUUGGCCGCAGGCACCUUCGCCACCUACAUCGUCUGUCUUUUCGGCCUCGUCAAGCAAGAUGAAAACCGUGAUUAUCAGAUUUUUGCUAACAUCGUGCUUAUGUUUGGGGCGAACUUGCUCGGUCUCACGUCCUCUUAUUUGGAGGACAUCCAGCAAAAGAAAGCGUUCCUGGAUACGAAGCAGUGCCUGGAGAUGAAGUUGGUCAUAGAGGAACAGUCGGCUGAACAAGAAAGGCUGUUGCUGUCUGUCCUUCCAGAGCACGUCGCUGUGAAGAUGCGGCAGGAUCUGGGCUCUGCACUAGAUACGCAGUUUAAGAAAAUUUACAUGAGCAGACAUGAAAACGUCAGUAUACUUUACGCUGACAUCGUCGGCUUCACAGCAAUUUCAUCAACCUAUUCGGCCUCAGAACUGGUGAAAAUUUUGAACGAGCUUUUCGCAAGGUUCGACCGUCUUUCAGAAAAAUAUGAACAACUAAGGAUAAAAAUUCUCGGCGACUGCUACUACUGCAUAAGCGGAGCUCCGAGAGAAAGGCCAGAUCAUGCCGUCCUUUCGAUCCACAUGGGGCUCUCCAUGGUCAAAGCAAUAAAGUAUGUUCAGCAAAAGACCAAUUCUCCUGUUGACAUGAGGGUAGGAAUUCACACAGGAGCGGUUCUCGCCGGUGUCCUCGGUCAGAGGCAGUGGCAGUUCGACGUCUACUCAAAAGACGUCGAACUAGCGAAUAAAAUGGAAUCGAGUGGUCUUCCAGGAAAAGUACACAUAUCAGAGAAGACGCUGAACUUCCUAAAUGGCGAGUUCGACGUGGAGCCGGCUUUCGGCGAAAAAAGAGAAGAAAGUUUGAGAUUGGCCGGCCUCAAGACGUAUUUCAUAACUAAAGUCAAUAAACCUUUCAAAGGACAGGUCAUAAAUAACGGGACCCUACACGAAGAUACCAUGGACGACAUGGACGACAUCGGGGAUAUCGCCACACCGGUGGAAGAACCGGCGAAUGCUAAAGAUCGCGAGAACACAGACGAUUUCCGCCAGCGAUUGCGAAAAGACCUGAUGAGCAGAACUGGCUGGAGAUCCGUCGUCAAUCACAUUCACUGCAUCACGCUUCGCUUCAGGGACCAGCAGAAGGAGGAAAGCUACAAGAACAACGCCGAAAGCUUCAGCAGUAUAGCGCUUGUCGGAUGCCCGUUGGCGAUAAUCACCAUCGGCCUCGCAAGGACAAUUGUUCUACCUAGCGAUAUUAGAAGUCUAAUUAUUUACGGCAAUACAGCCUGGAUUCUUCUCUUUUUAACCGUUUUUGCUAUAGCUGAUCCAUUCCCAAGGUUCUUUCCUAAAGCAGUAGUGUUAUUGAGUAAAAAAUCAAAUCAGUCCAUGCUCGGACGGAGUAUUCUGGCGGUGAGCUGUAUUGUUCUCCUUGGACUGGGUCAUAUAACAGACAUGUUUACAUGCAACCCGCCAUACAUAAGCAAAGAAGCCAACUGUACGCAGCUAAUCUUCAGUGAAGAAUGCCUCUAUCCUAGUUACUAUCUUCAUAUGAUGGUGCUAGUUUUAAUAGCUGCAAUUCUUCCAGUCCAGCCACUCAUCGUUAUCAAAAUCAACAUUCUACUUAUUUUAGUUUGCAUAGCUCUUUUGGUGCACUUUUUUGUAGUGUCUAGGCCUCUAUUUAGGAAAGAUGACCUUAGUUAUUUUCCUGCGGACUUAGCUACUCGAAUCAUGCUCGUAAUGGUCUCUUGGGGAUUAAUGUCACUGGCCAAAGUGAUGGAAUUCGGCUCAAGAGUUUUGUUCCUAUGGAAGAGUGAAGCAGAAGAACAGAGAGAAAUGGCAAGUGACAUCAGGAGGAGGAACGAGGCGCUUGUCUACAACAUCCUACCUCCACAUGUGGCAGCGCACUUCCUGGGCAACAAAAAACGGCAGCAUGAAGAACUCUACUCACAAAGUUACUCCGAAGUUGGAGUGCUUUUUGCAUCUAUGCCAAAUUUCUCUGAUUUCUAUUCUGAAGAAUCGGUGAACAAUCAGGGUCUGGAGUGUUUGCGAUUUUUGAAUGAGGUCAUUUCAGAUUUUGACGCACUCCUGGAGCUUCAAAAGUUUCAAGAUGUCAUAAAGAUUAAAACAAUUGGCUCGACAUACAUGGCAGCAAGUGGUUUGAAUCCCUCAACGACGACAGUAAAGGAUGAUUCUAUCACUGGGAAGUGGUCUCACCUUGCCCUUCUUGUUGAAUUUGCUUUUGAACUGAAAAAGGCACUACAGUGUAUCAAUGAGCAGAGCUUUAAUCACUUUGUUCUUAAAAUGGGUAUCAACCAUGGGCCUAUAACUGCAGGUGUGAUUGGUGCUAGGAAGCCCCAUUAUGAUAUUUGGGGCAACACCGUCAACGUUGCAUCCAGAAUGGAAAGUACUGGAAAAGCCGGUUACAUACAGGUGACAGAAGAAACCAGUGAAAUCCUACGCAACUUCGGCUAUGUCUUCGAACAGAGGGGCCUCGUUGCGGUGAAAGGCAAAGGCCAACUGAUGACCUACUACCUCGUGGGCAAAGGCACUGACAUUGUGCUCAAUACUGUCCAGCCGUCUGUAGUGGGCACAGAACUGCCUGAAAUUGCUGAAGAGACUGAGCCAAAUGACCAAGCAGCACUCUUGUCCUAAGGACCGUAAGAGCUUUGCUAUAAAGGCGUUUUUCUUUCCUUUGAGGACCGGCCUCAUUUUCAAAAAGAUGAAAAAGCUCUGUUGAGCUCUUUUUUUUCCUUUUGUAUAUAGUGUCGUAGAGUCAAACUUUAUGUCAGGGGUAUUUUGAAAACAAAUAAGCAAUAUUAACUCACUUUUAUAUUUAUUAUUUAGUGUAGAACUAUUUAUUUAUCAUGUUUUCAUAAAUAAGAGGCCUAAAAUAUUACUUAUAUACAUAAAAAUGGUUAGAAUGAACAAUUAUUUUUGUAUUUUUAUUUGGUUUUCUAUUUAGGUGCUGUUUUUCAUUCAGUCUAAAUUUUUAUUUUUUAUAUUUAGACUUUGCAACUGUGAACAGGUUCAUAAAGUUACAGUGGUAGAUGACCUUUUAAAUAGCAAUUACACUUUGUCGUAAUAUUCAUCACAAGUAAUUAUUUUAAAAAUAAACCGAACAAUAAUUUCAAUUUUCUAUUUCUGUUGUGUAAUUUGUCAUGUUUAGCCACAACCGCAGUUUGUAAGUCAAUAUGAGAGAGAUUUUUCUAACAAAAGCUUCAACCAAAAUUAAUUUUUCAAAACGAAAAUGCACUGUCAGUAGUAUGAGGAGUGCGUUUUGUUCGACAAAUUAUGUUUAUUUCUGAUUGUUUUUAACACUUGUUAAAAUGCUAAUAGGAGAUACAUAAAAAAAACCAUUGGUCAAGCAUUUAACAUUAUUAUUUUUUUUGUUAUCGUAUAAUACG